UCAGUGCUGAAGCUAGCCUUGGUCUGAGUUGUAGUCCUUGUAGACCCUGGAGCAAUGAACUGAAGACAUGAUAACGACGGGACCGGAAGCGAGGCAAACGCAUAGGUUGUUGGACUUGAAAAAGCAGCAAUGGGCAAAGGAACGAGCGGAAAUUGCGCGCAUGGAUGAGAUGUAUCAUCAUCAGCAUACAUCGCAUCACAAGAUUGAGCGCACCAGCAUACGCACCUACUACUCCAAUUUGGAUUUAAGUCAAAGCGCCAGCAGUCGCGCCAGUCAAGCGCCGCCCAUGCAGCCAGCGCCAGCGGAUUAUCGACGUCAGCAUAGCGAGGAUUAUAUGCAUCAGUUGCAGCGCUAUAUGCAGGAGCUGGAUGUGCCGCCAAGCAGCAGCGACUAUGAGGCGCAGUAUCGCGCGCGGCGCCAGCGUCGUGGCAGCUAUGCGCCUGGCAUGCAGCUGCCGCCCACUGGACGCUACAUGGAGCUGGCGCCCGCUGCGCUGCAGACAGCCAAGGCGCGCAUGCAGCAUGCGCCACCCCAAGCGCAACGCUUGAGAAGUCCCAGUUUGCCUACAAUACGGCAAAGGCAACAGCCGCAGCAGCAAAAGGCGGCCAAUCAACCUGGCAACGCCACAAAGAGCACAAACAUUGAUCCUGGCAACGUGACAGCGACUCAUCGAUUAAACAAUGCGGGACAAGCGCUGGUGCCCGCUGCUGGUUGCCAGGAGGAAGACACUUCGGGCUAUCUAAGCGACACGCCCAAGCAUAUACAUACGCCCGAUAUUUGGUACAACGAUGGCGCCAGUCAAGUGGAAAUGGAAGUGGAGGCUGAAGCGGAGAGCGUCAUAAGCGCUGCAGUGGGUGGGGGCGUGGGCGUUGCGCCAGGCAGACGCUUGCGACGCGCUAUCAAUAAGACGCCCGCCUAUGAACCGCUGGCCGCUGAUGGUUACUUGGCCGAUGGUCACUACUAUUUGCCCAGCUCUUCCCACUUGAGUGUUAGUCGCGAUGUCUCCACUAGCAACACCUACCAGGUGGCCAUAAGCAAUGCCUGCGAGCAGGAUUUCUAUGGGCAGGAGCAGCGCGCACGCUGGCUCAACUAUGCGCCUGCUACACCAGUGCAGGAUGCACUGCCGCCACCUGGUUGGCUCAAUCGCGGCAUGCAUGACCUCAAGGACAGCGAGGACGAUGUGCAGUCGCUGCAGUCCAGCUCCACUUAUUUGCGUGGCCAGAAUGCGCCGCUGGAUGCGCACACGCUGGCCGAGCGCAUGGACAAGCGACGCAAGGCGGCGGAGUAUCAUAACGCCAUCAAGCAGCAGCUGCAUGAGCGUGAGCUCAUACGCAAGUGGGAGCUGGAUCGCCAGCGGCAGCAGGAGCAGCUGGAGGAGCAGCGCAUGCAGCGACAGAAGCAGCUGGAGCAGCAGCGUUUGCAGUAUGAGCGACAGCAGCAGCUGGAACGCGAGCAGGCGGCGCAGCAGAAGCAGCAGCUAAUGCUGGAUGCCAUAGCCAAGGCGGAGCUGGCAGCCAAGCUGGAGAAGCAAAAGCAGCGCAAGAAGCGCGCGGCAACAGCGAAGACAGAGCUGCUGCAAGUUUUAUCUGUGGAGGAGGAAGAAGAGCAAGAGCAGCAGCCGCCAGAGUCAGCAGAGGUAACGCAUACGCCACGUGCGCCGCCGGCACAACAACCCGUGCUGGUCUCUGAGGAAAAAGUGCUCAUCGGCACGCCCAUUAAUCUGCGCAGAACUAUAACCAAGCCCAUACUGCAGCCCAAGGAGGAGACAGCGUCUUCGCCGGCGCCUUCUCCAGCGCAGUUUAGCGAGGAAAAGGCGCUGCUUAUGCAGCCGGCCACAUUGAUACCCUUGCCCGUGACCAGCGACAUUUUCGGACUGCAGAACACCAUUGGCAAUCUACAGAUUGCUACUUACCUAAUGCAGGCGCCGCCAGCGGUAAGCACAGCGCAGAGUUAUUCCAAAGCGACCAUGACGCAGCGCACUGACAAUUCCAUUUACACUGAGGACGGCUAUCAGGCGGAGAAAGAGGAGGAGGAGGAAGAAGUGCAGACAGCGCGCUCGGCGAGCUUCUCGCCCGACUCACUUGAGGUGCAACUAACGCCCGCUGCUGCAACGGAGUCCAACAAACUAGCCUUGAUGCCGCUGCAGACUUCUCCGCGUGCUGCAGGUGGCGCCACUCAAACGGAUGUGGAAACACAAACGGAACUGCCGCUCAAUUGCGAUUUGUGUCUAUUUCACGAUAAUUUCUACAAGGUGCUGCUCAAGCGUGAAGUCUCCACUACCACAACAACGCAAACCUGCAAAUCGCAGACUCAACCCGCUAAGGAAUCCACAGCGGAAAAGGAUCAUGAGACCACAACGACUACAACAACAACAACUACGACCACAUUCAAGGCCAAAAGCAAGGACAAAGAGAAGAACAAAAAGCAGCAGAGCAAAGACAAGGAGGCCAACAAAAUGGACGAUCGUCCCAAAUGGGGCGUCAAUCGACCCGUGGUGCAGUACGUCAAGGCCAGCGAUCGCGAUCCCUUCUGCCUGCGCAAGAAGAAGCAUCACACAGCGCUAACCAAGCCGCCACCACGUUCGCUGUCCAUGGACUCACGUCUGGAUGCCGUUGCUGUGCUGCCUGAGGCGGCGGCUACGCUGCUCAAUGGCGAGCAGGAUGAGGAGGGUUUUCUUCUCAAAGCGCGCAAUGUCUGCACUGAGAUUUUGCCCAUUAAAACCGACGAAAAGGGACGCAUUUUUCUAAACUUUCGCGAGGCGAGCGCCAUAAUGAACGAGGAUGAAAUCAAGGACAAGCUGCGUCAGAAGUAUUUCAACUUUGGACGCAUACUGCCCCGACGCAGUUGGGCCUCGGCCACGCAGCAUGGACUGCCGCUGAGCGUGACCACAGCACCGCCAGCAGCACUAACCGUAGGCGAUCUAGCCGAUGACUAA